AUGGGUACCACAAGUACCCCUAAUUACGGGUCAUCCAUCCUGCCUCUGCUGGAGUACGGAGUCCGAACGAGCUUGGGUACAGCUCUCGACCUUCACCCACCCGGAAGGAGGUCGCCCAUCCAGUUGCCGACCAGAAGUGCCCUUUCAUCGGCAAUAAGUGCCAAUCCUCGCUGUCCGGCCGUCGGAGAUCUGGAGGAGGCCAGCCAACGUGAGAGCCAGGACUACCAAUGGCACUUGUUCGAGAGUUCUUGGCCUGAAGACGUACAAGUGAAACCACCCAUUACAGGCGCAGGUACCAGGGGCUUAGAUCAGAUCAGUUCAGUAAAGCGCAGUUUUCCGACAGGAGGUAAAAGUACCCAGCGGUACCAAAUGUACCGAACCCGGCGGAUCUCACGUUCCCGAGUCGCCUCAUUAGUCGUGUGUGACGUACCCCUCGCUCACGUAGUACGGCAAUAA